AUGAUCAACAAAAACCAGUUUGUGACGAACUUUGUGGUGUGCAUCGUGCUGCUGGCCAUGGAUUUUUGGACGGUCAAGAAUGUGACGGGGCGCCUGCUGGUGGGCCUGCGGUGGUGGAACGACGCCAGCGCGGACCAGGGCGGCACCGCCUGGCGGUUCGAGUCGCUGGCGGAGGGACAGCGCGCCAUCAACCCGCACGAGCGGCGCUGGUUCUGGAUCGUGCUGGUGGCGGCGCCCGUGCUGUGGGCGCUGUCCGCGCUGACGGCUUUCCUAGGCCUGGACUGGGUGAUGGCGGUCAUCUUGUCCCUGCCUUGGAAGACGCCCCAAAGUCUCGCUGUCUGCACGGGUACCCAUUGCGGCUGCACACAUGUUGCUCUGCGCAUUACUUUCAAGCGCUAA